GCCCGCCCGCGAACCAGUACGUGGGCGUGAAACCGAAAGCCGGCGACGUGUUCCAAUCGUGUUUCUGCGAGGAUGUGACCCGCGUUCAGAUGGUGGUGUCCGUGACCUCUGCCGACUGGGUGACGCUCGCUGGAACCGCUGAAAACCAGGUCACACUCGCCAGCAAUAUCUCGGCCACGCUGGAUUCCUACCUGCCGACCCUGCGCACUGUCCCAGAACUGCAGAACAUCCUCGAUAGGUUCAGCAGCGUGACCUACAAGGACACCACGAAUACGGAGGUCAACUUCGACGUAGAAGUGCUACUGAGAGGUCACCGCGACCAGUCUGUGGGGGAUAAGUUCUUACAGCCCAGAGAUUUAGCACUUACAAAUCAGCAACUUCACAACUUCUCAGAAUGA